AAAAAAGAAAAACAAAAAACAAAAGAAAAGGAAAAAUGUCAACUUUUCCUCUCUAUAACUCUCACGGUCACCCCACUUUCUCUCUGUUUCUCUGAUCCAUCAAAGUGUUUUCUUUUCCUUUUUUUUUUAAUAUCUUUUUUUUGUUUUACAUUUCUUCUGCUUAUUUGAUUCAUCACUCUAGCUAUUACCCUUUUCAAGUCUUUCAUACUUUCCUCACUACUUUUCCAACAAACCCAAUCUGAAAUUCACUUCUUUUGAUCAAAACUACUUGGUCCAAAACUUCAAGUAUCCAAAAGCCUCAGGAAUCCCAUUGUUUUCCUUUUCCCUUUUUUGUUUGUUUCUAAGGGAAAUGAGGGAUGUUUUCAUGGUUGGCAAGGAUAGCUCUGGCUUGUUGGAGACCAGUGAGUCGAUAUGCCCGUAUGAACAAGGAUUACAACAAUAGCAAUAGUGAUGAACUUGAAGAAGAUUCUUUUUCUUUACGUGACUCGCUUCUUUGGUGUAGAGACCUUGAAAAACACUCUUGUGGUGAUUUUUCAUUUGCUGUUGUUCAAGCCAAUGAGAUCAUUGAAGAUCAUAGUCAAGUUGAGACUGGCAAAGAUGCAAUUUUUGUUGGUGUCUACGAUGGACAUGGUGGCCCUGAUGCUUCUCGCUUUAUCUCUGAUCAUCUCUUUCAAAAUUUGAUUACAGGGCUUGCUCGAGCAAAUGGAACCAUUUCGGAAGAUAUUCUUAGAAAUGCUUUCUCCGCAACUGAAGAUGGGUUUCUCGCGCUUGUGCGUAGGUCUUGUGGAAUAAAACCAUUAAUUGCUGCAAUCGGAUCUUGUUGUCUGGUUGGAGUUAUAUGGAGGGGGACGUUAUAUGUCGCUAAUUUGGGUGAUUCUCGAGCAGUAAUCGGGUAUUUAGGUAGGUCAAAUAAGAUAGUUGCUGAGCAGUUGACUAGAGAUCAUAAUGCAAGUAUAGAGGAGGUGAGACAGGAGCUGAGGUCGUUGCAUCCAGAUGAUUCUCAUAUCGUUGUUAUGAAGCAUGGAGUGUGGCGUAUUAAAGGCAUCAUUCAGGUUUCCAGAUCUAUUGGAGAUGCAUAUUUAAAGAGGCCUGAGUUUUCUCUCGAUCCUUCUUUCCCACGGUUUCACCUCUCUGAACCCAUUCGUCGACCCGUGCUAACAGCAGAACCAUCGUUGUGCACCAGGGUCUUACAACCUAGUGAUAAGUUUCUCAUUUUUGCAUCGGAUGGACUUUGGGAACAUUUGACGAAUCAGCAGGCCGUCGAGAUUGUUUCCAACUCUCCACGAGCAGGAAUUGCAAGAAGGCUUAUUAAAACAGCUUUAAACGAGGCGGCUAGGAAAAGGGAGAUGAGAUAUGAUGACCUGAAGAAGGUAGAUAAAGGGAUAAGGCGGUUUUUCCAUGAUGAUAUUACGGUUGUUGUCAUCUUUAUAGACCAGGAGUCACUGAGUACGAAGAUGCCUGUUCUGGAGCAGUCUGUAAAGGGGUUCGCCGACUCCAUUGGACCAUCAAACUUCAACAUUCUUUAAGUCUUGAGAUGUAAAUCAGGAAAUGCAAGCACAUGUAGUCUAUCAUCAUCUGAAUUAAUAGCUUGCCACUUCAAAUAAUCAGUGGGGUUUCUGUAUGGAUUUUACUUUCUUUUUUUCUUUCUCCUUACCAAGCAAGAAAAGUUUGAACUAAUUUUGAUUUUACUAGUAUUACUUUGAUUCCCAACUUUAUGAUGAUAACCCCCUUUUAAGAGAAGCUACAUUUUUCA